CUACACAGUUUAAAAUUGCUUCCACACUCUUCCUCCCCAUUCUAACAGCAGGCGUGGCUCUAAACAACAGUGAGCUUUGUAGUCUGUCGUAUGUGAACGGUGAGUCAGUCCAGACAGUUUUUUCAGGCUCUAAUUCUGUGAAUUUUAAGCUCUGCCAACAUGGACCAGAAGACUGCUGACAAUGCCAAAGCAGAACAAAAGUCUGAAAACAAGCCUUCACCAAUGGAAGAGUGUAUUCAAACCUUAUUUAUGACUUUCGUCAAAUAUGCUGGUGGUAAAAACCACCUGACAUAUGCAGAAUAUGAAAAACUGAUGAAUACAGAGGUUCCAGAGUUUGUGCAGAAACAAUGCCCAGGUACACUGAAGAGGUUGUUGAAAGAUGUCGAUAACAAAAAUGAAGACAUGAUUUAUUUUUCGGAGUAUUUCGCAAUUGUGGCUGGCCUACUUAAUGGCUGUUUCCAGAUGCAUCACAUCAUGAAGCCCAGACAUUAAUUGCACAGCUGCCUUGCUUAACAGAACACCGGUGAAGAGGCCAAGCUUUGUAUCUGGUGCAGAAAAAAAAAUGGAAACUGUUUUCACUGCACCUUCUGCAGCAAUUUUUUUUUUUUUUUAUAUUUAAAAAAAAAAGAGUUGAUGCAUUUCUGCCUUAAACCGCAAUUUGGUUCUUUGUUUAAACUGGAUUAUUUUUUAUGUUCUCCUGUUCUGUCCUAGAAAAUUACCCUUUUCCUUUUAAUUGUUUAGAGACAUAACAGUGUGUGUCAGGACUUGACAAGAAAAUGUAUAAAGGUUGGGGAGACAUUCAUUCUCAAAUCCAGUUUUAAGUAUGAAAGUGUGCAUUUACAGUAUUUCUAGUGAUGAUAGGGUGUGUCUUGGCAUCUCCAGGCAAGAAAAUGAGUCUUUCCUCUAAUCAGCAGAGAAAUGCUGCUGCUUGCUAUAUUGCAGAACUGGUAGCUUAUUCUACCACUUCUGAUGAAGUGCCUAUGGUUGGAGAUACAGACUCAAGAUGGAAACAGGAAGUGUGUUUGGCAAUUCAUAUUGGUACCAGUUCAUUUCAGGUUCUAAUUCUGAAUUGGAUUCCCUCAGUCCUUUUUUACAUACUGCUAUGACUGAGCAAGUAUUUGACUACCCCUUCUCCAUCCACACAUUUAGAGACACCCUUUGAUAGUCUGUCUUCAUUAGUAAAUGAAAUGGGGGGGGGGGACUGGGAUGAUUGUAUAUUGAACAGUCAGUGUUACGUCCCAACUUAAUAAAAGUUUUUUUGUCAAGUAA